AUGGAAUCCCCGCCCGGUGCCAACGGCGACAGCUCUGGGUGGGCGGCGCAGUUCAUCGGGAACUCCAUUAUCACGAUCCAUAAGAUGUACCACACAUACCGCGAGACUCUGUUGCAACUGAUCGGACCAUUCGCCAACGGCGCCGACAACAUGGAACACACGUUUUCGCCCAUCCCCGAAGACAAGACAAACCAAUUGAAACUCUCGGCGGCUCUCAAGACGCUGCCGGCCUUUUCCAAGACCAACUCCGACACGUACGACAACACCAAGGACACUGUUCUGAUGCUCAUGGGUCAGACCACAACACUGGCAAAGGACAUGCUGUCGAGUCCCGACCAGGAUAAGUGGAUACAAGCGACAGUUAAGUCCAGUGAGUAG